UUGAUAAGACAUUGCAAAAAUACACACUGACGAACUGAAACAUGGAGAAUAAUUGCAUCACAAUGCUGAGGCAGAUGUAACUGCUGCUGUUGUAGACAAACACUGUGAAACGGCUAAAGACAAAUAAAAAAAGGGUUGUGUUGUAGCUGUAAAUCAGGUGAACAUUUUCAUUCAGUACUGAAACACUGUUCUACCAUUUCAUUUAUUUUUGUUCACUCUUUUCUCCCAACCGCUCAAGCCAAUAUGUCAGUCAACUCCUCCUCCUCCGUCAGUGCUGUGGCCCACUGCAUGGACUCUGAAAGUGCAAAUUUAAUGUCCAUUGCCUUCACCAUCACCAGAAUCUUCCUCCUCCUCCCCCUCUCCGCCCUCGUCCUCUACCUUGGUCACCGGCGAUGGCGGCAGCAGCGCUCCUUUGCAACACUGAGCCACUCUGACAUCUUCACCUACCACAUGGUUGUUGUGGAGCUGGUCGUUAUGUUGGCGGCCAUCUUUUACUUUUGUGGCUUAGCCGUUGGUCUCUCCGAGCUGAUUAUGGUGGGCAUUUAUGCAACUGGUUUUGUUUACCCCGGACAGAUGUGCUUUCAGAUCCUGACCUGUGUGGAGCGAUACCUGGCCGUCGUCCACCCCAUCACCUACCUGGAGCUGAGACAGUCGGGCGGCGUCAGGCUCAGAAACAUCAGCAUUGGCUGUGUCUGGCUGCUGGGCUUCGGAUGGAUUGGUCUAACAGCUCUCUACCUCCCUGAGAUUCCCUACAUCCCAUUUUUCUGCAUGUUGGGCUUCUCCUUAGUUGUUGUCUGUUUCUGCAGCCUUUGUGUUAUCCGUGUUCUGAUUCGUCCAGGCCCAGGGGAUGUGGGUGGGGACAGGGUGAGGGUUGACCAAUCAAAGCAGAGGGCUUUCUACACCAUCACAGCCAUUAUGGGGGUGCUGGGGUUGUGGCUUGCAGGGUCGAUUUUAGGUCUUGCUCUGGACAGGUCAGAACUGCUGAGUUACAGUGAUGGGUGUCUUCUGCUGGUGGCUGCAAACUGGUUCUCUCUGCCCAGCAGUCUGCUGUUGCCUCUGCUGUUUCUGCACAGAGCGGGAAAACUGCUCUGUACAUGUUUGUAGGUUAUUAACUUGUGCAGAUAGCAAUUUUUGUUUUCAAGUAGUUCAAAUUACAUAAUAAUUUUCUUAGCAUGUUAAUUAUAUAUACAGGAUGUGAAAGUUAAAACAAUGUUGCUUAACAUGCAAAAUACUAAGUAUGUCCAUGAGGUUUAUUUAGAACAUGACAUAUGCUACUAAUUUGUGCCCAGUAAUUCAAAAGCAUAAACUAAUAAUUUCAGUUUACAAGUGUGUGCAUACACAUGAAUGACGUGGUAUUAGAGGAAAAAUUAAGAACACAAAGUUCAAAUGAGCUAAUGUGAGGGUGAAAAUUAAGACCUUCAGAGCAUCAACGACACAUUUGGGCCUGAAAGAGUACAAGAGUGAUACUAUAGCACAAACUGCUAAUUUGUUUGAACAAAUUUAACUGUUCGUUCCUUGUAACACAUGCUGGGCUUCCUGGUUAUGUUUUGGAGCACAGCUUUCUUUCUUAUUGUCACUGGCUCUUUCUCUCUUUGUAUUUAUUGUUCAUUGUUAUUGGCUGCCUAUUGCUGUAUACAAUCACUAAUCAUGAAGUCAAAUGUAAAGUAAAAAUCAUGCUUUUUGCAAUAAAUCAAUGUGUUGUGCCAAUCUUCGUAUCCUGACUGAGUGCAUGAAAUGUAAAGACUGAUCUGAAAGUAAGCAUAAUUGUGUAAUAAGUCAUGAAGGUCAGUUGAUGUAUUUAAGGGUCCCAUAUUUUCCACUUUUCCUGUGAUUAAUUUGAUAGAACAAUAAUAAGCUAAU